CGAUGUUUGAAAGGUGACGGGGUUUCCACUCCAAACGUAUUGCUAUAUUUUAUCGUGGACUCAACACUGGAAGAGAGAUGAAGCGAGCGGUGGACACACUGUGUGGGCCAGGCACCACGGAAACGAUGAUUCUCUUUGCUUUGCUCCUGGUCACGGACCUGCCGCGGGUGGAGACAAACGUCACCGUGUCCGGAAAACAAGCUGCAACCCUGAAGUGUCACGUCUGCGAGAUAGAGAAUAGUUUCGGUUGCACAAAUCCAUCCAACUGUCCUAGGGAUUUUCACUUUUGUACUUCCGUUGCCGUGAGAAUCUAUCCGCGUUUCUUCUAUGUUUCGAAGCAGUGCUCCAGGUAUGUCCAGAGCCGAACAUCCGCGAGCCGGAAUUCAGAGAAGGCGGACGAGCAAGCCGCUUGA